AGCGUCUUGAAAGGUUGAACCCACAAAACAAACAAGAAGGUUCAAUCGUGGCCGCCAUUGCUUCCACACAAACAACGCAUCGGCUACUUCUACUGAGCAGCAGUUAGGUUUUUCUUCCCUCCCCCCUCCAAUGUCCGAGGAGGAGUCGUAUUCAGACGUUUGCGACAAUGAAGCCAACUCGUGGCGCGUCUGCUUGGAAGCCAACCUGGGCGGCAAGGACAUUCGCAGGAAGUGCGAUGCGUUCAAACAAGUUUUCGACACAUGCGUUGCGAAAUGGCGCCAGGAAGUCGGCCAUGAGGUGCGCGUAAAAGGCGAGAACGAGGGUGAGCCGCCUUUUCAGUGUGCGGCGAUGUCUUGCCUAAUCGGGGAGUGUCUCCGUACCCACAACUGGGACUUUGAGCGCUGCAAGCCGCACACGGAAUUUUUUAAACAUUGUGUGAAAAGCUUCUACGGGGACGACUACAUCUCGUGA